GUGAGGGAGGCAGCCCCGGCCCUGGGGAGGGUAAGGAGGGGAGCAGGAGCAAGAUGGCGGCUUCCUUGUGGCUGAGCUGCAGCGGGAAGGGGGCGGUGAGGCUCCUGGUGAGGGGGCGGCCAGCUCUGGGCGCUGGCCUGUCUUUCGCCGCUCGGGGAGGCUGGAGGCGUCUGCACGAGACCCGAGAGCUACGGGGUACACCUGGUAUUAAAGUUCUUAUGCCUGCGCUUUCUCCUACAAUGGAAGAAGGAAACAUCGUGAAGUGGUUAAAAAAGGAAGGUGAAACAGUGAAUGCUGGAGAUGCGUUGUGUGAGAUUGAAACAGACAAAGCGGUGAUUACCAUGGAAUCAAGUGAUGAUGGUGUAUUGGCUAAAAUACUGGUGGAAGAAGGAAGCAAAAAUAUACGCUUGGGCUCACUGAUCUGUCUGCUGGUAGAAGAAGGGCAGGACUGGAAGCAAGUUGAAAUACCAGCUGAUGGUAGUGAUCCAUCUUCUGUGGCUCCACCAGCAGCUGCGCUUACCUCAAAACCUGCAGGUCCUUCAGUUGCAGCCCCUCCUAAACUGGAACGUGAACCUGGAAAAUUGCAGGUUCGCUUAAGUCCUGCAGCUCGCAACAUUCUGGAGACGCACGGUCUAGAUCCAAGCAAUAUUACACCUUCUGGGCCUCGAGGAAUCUUCACUAAAGAGGAUGCUCUCAAACUCCUGGAAGAGAAGCGCAAGGGCAAGCCCAGUGAAACGAAACCUGUGGUUUCUCCAGCUCUUCCCCAGCCUACUGCAGUGCCUCCUGCUUUGCAAACAGCAGCUGGGACUUCUGCUUAUCCAAGGCCAGCAGUUCCACCAGUUUCCACACCAGGACAACCUGCUGCACUGGGCACAUUCACAGAAAUCCCAGCUAGCAACAUCCGAAGAGUUAUUGCAAAGAGAUUAACAGAGUCUAAAAGUACUAUACCUCAUGCAUAUGCUGCUGCUGACUGUGACAUUGAUGCUAUUUUGAGAUUAAGAAAAGAAUUGGCCAAAGAUGACAUUAAAAUAUCUGUAAAUGACUUUAUUAUCAAGGCAGCUGCAGUUACUCUGAAGCAAAUGCCAGAUGUGAACGUAACCUGGGAUGGAGAAGUCUGCAGGCAGAUGCAGUCUAUUGACAUUUCUAUUGCUGUGGCAACAGACCGAGGUCUCAUUACACCAAUCAUAAAAGAUGUUGCUGCAAAGGGAAUAAAGGAAAUUGCUUCCUCUGCAAAGGCUCUAGCAAAGAAAGCAAGAGAUGGAAAACUGUUACCAGAAGAGUACCAGGGAGGAUCUUUUAGUAUCUCCAAUCUGGGCAUGUUUGGCAUCAAUGACUUCACUGCAGUCAUAAACCCACCGCAGGCCUGCAUCCUAGCUGUGGGCCGAGCAAGAACAGAGCUCAGGAUUGUGGAAGAUGAAGAAGGGAAUGAGAAACUUGAGCAGCAUCAACUCAUGACAGUGACUCUUUCAAGUGACGGUCGAGUAGUAGAUGAUGGACUGGCUUCAAAGUUUUUGGAGACCUUGAAAGCCAACAUAGAGAAUCCAAUGCGACUUGCCUUGUGUUAAACUCAGUGAAGAUUCCUCUUUGUUUGGACAACGUAGAUAACUGUUACGUACUUGGGGUUGUUCUUCUGUUUAGAUGAGUAGAUAGUUACUGUGAAAUGGACACGUUUAAAGUAUUUAAUUUAUUGAAUUAACAUGCAAAAAUAUUAAUUUUCAUGCUUUUAGUCUUUUGCAGUGACCAGGUUUUAUACUGUAAGAUAAAGAUAAAAGACUUUAAAGUUAACAUACUACAUUUCUUUAAACACUUAGCGCUAAUGGCACAUAAUGUUCACAUAGAAAGGUUAAUCUCCACUGUAAAGGAAAAUUAAAAAAAAAAAAGUUACGAAAUUUAAAAAAUAAUCAUAGAAUGCUUUGGGUUGGAAGGGACCUUUAAGGGUCAUCUAGCCCGGUUCUCCCUGCUGCAAUGAGCUGGGACUUCAACUAGAACCAGUUGCCCAGAGCCCCUUCCAACGUGACACUGAAUGCUUCCAGGGAUGGGGCACCUGCCACCUCUCUGGGCAACCUCUUUCAGUGUUUCACUGCCCUUGCUGUAAAAAAAUUCUUUCUUAUAUCUGAUUUGAAUCUACCUUCCUUUAAUUUAAAACCAUUAGCCCUCAUCUUAUCAGUAUAGGCCCUGCAAAAAAGUCUGUCCCCAUCUUUCUUACAAGCCUCCUUUAGGUACUGAAAGGCUGCAAUAAGAUCUCCUCAGGCCCCUCUUCAGGCUGGCCAACCCCAGCUCUCUCAGCCUUUCUUUAUAGGAAAGGUCCUCCUCCUAUCCCUCUGAUCAUUUUUGUUGCCCAACUCUGGACACCCUCCAACAGAUCCAUGUUGUUCUUGUGCUGAGGGCUCCAGAGCUCGAUUCAGUACUCCAGGUGGGGUCUUUCAUGCGCUGAGAUGAGGUGCUUUAUUUAAUGGGAAAUACCUAGCUUGUAGAGUGAAGAAAGCAGGAACCAUAAUUGAGUAAAAUGCUACUGUGAGUCCUGGUCACUACUGAAAUAACUGAGUCACUAAAUUAUACUGCUGCUGUAGAAAGGUUUUCACUUUUCUAAAGACUUUUCUGGCAUGUUGUGUCAUCCAAUUUAGAUUGAAAUAAGGUUUAUAAGAUUUUGACAGAUGUUUCAAUGGCUGUCUAGAUAAGAGCAAAGACAUUACAAACCAAAGAAGGUUUGGGUUAAUUUCAUUUGCAUCACAGAUUUAACUGUACAUUAUCUUCUCCUUUACUGUAAGCUACAUUAAAGAAAACAAGAUGACUGUGGAGGUGAAUGGGGAAAACAAAUGACAGGAAAUUUUGAGACUAACUAAAUUCAUAGAUUAAAAAAGUAAUUUCUCAAAAUAUUACGUAAUCUGGUGAAAUCCACAGAUUCAUUCAUAUAAUUACAACUCAUUAAAACACAUGUAAACUGUAUGUGCAUCUGUUUUUUCAAGCAUUUUAGGCUAAAUGCAUAAACUAAUGCCUUGCAGAGGGGUAGAGAGGAGAAUAAAUUUAUCUGAAUAAAUGCAUUCUCCACAAAGGAUGGAAUCUCAACGUCAUUGACUUCAAUAUUUCAUGGAAACAACAUUUAGUGCAAAUAGCAUUUUGUGUUUGUAAAAAAAAUCCUUAAUUUGGAGAUAAUUACUUUUUUUUAAAUUUAGAAGUUGCCUCAACUAAUGUUUUCUCCAGUACGCCAAAAUCUAUAAUUUUUUUAGGUGCUUUGUGAUAUAUGGUUCAUACAAAACCCAAGCUAAUUGUGCCAGCAGUGCAGCCAGUGAUGAAAAACUAGUUUUGAGGUUCCAGUAUGAAAGGUCAAAUUUUGCACACCAAAUAUUUUCUCAUUAAUGUUAUUCUUUGUGUGCAUAGAAUAAAGAUGUAAUUAGAAAAUGUUUCAUCAUCAGGAUAUAUCAAAUUGUAACUUGGAGGCUUAAGUCCAGUGGCCUGAAGUUUAAAUUAGUGGAAAUAGAUUGGGGUUGGGUUUUUUUUCUUGUAUGUAAAUAUAGAACCACAUAUUGUAUGUGUUUGUAAUGAAAUAACUGCAUUUACAGGACCUGGUGAGAAUAAAAAUUGUCAAUAGAAUAUUGGGAGUUUGUCUUAUUCUAGUUUGUGCAAGUACUUUUUUUUUUUUAAGAUCUGGAGAAGUUGUUUGUUGAGCUGUUGCCAUAAUUAAAAAGCCAAUUGCAAGACAAAACCUUUAGUUAAUAUUGAGUUGAGAGUUUUUGCUGAAUGAGUUUGUUGCUUUGGCUUGUUCAUCUAACAGUAGGAAGAGAUUUUGAUUGCGCAAUCUAGUUUGCUGUGCAAUAAAGGACAUAUCAAUUCUGUAUUUUCAGUUUCUCACUAAUAAAUUAUAUUCAAGAUUGAGUA